ACUGUGAAUUAAGACAUUUAAACCUCAAAUUUAGAUAGUUUUAGGAUUAGAGAUUUGUAAAUACAGCCUAUCAGAUGUUUUAAGGAAAGACCGUAUUCGAGUACUUGAUCGAUAUCUAUAUAUGAAAGGGUAGACGGGUAUUCUCUUAUUGCAAGCAAUUCGAUGUGCACGCGUAUACCUUGUGCACGUGGUGUACAUAAGUUACUUUACCCUAACCUAACAAUUAUCACGUCACAGUUUCUUUAACUUCGUAAGGUGCAUAAAUUAUUAGUGCGUGGUAUAAAGAUUAGAAAGUAAAUUAUUUAUUAUAAUGGCAAUGCAGGUUCCUGCAAAUGUGGAUUCUGGGCAAAUUAAAACUUUUCGAGAGUUCCUGACGUCCUAUAACAAAUUAUCAGAAAUUUGUUUUAUUGAUUGCAUUAAUGAUUUUACUACUCGGGAUAUCAAGUCGAAGGAGGAAAAGUGUGCCCUGAAUUGCAUGGAAAAAUAUUUGAAGAUGAACCAAAGAGUAUCGCAACGAUUUCAAGAGUUCCAAGUGAUUGCUAAUGAAAAUGUAAUAGCAGCUAAUAAAAAAUUAGGUGAAGGUACAUAACUUUGUACGUUGAAUAAAUAAAUUGUUCAUAAAUUAAAUUAUAUGUGUUAGGUUAGUAUGUACUGCAAUUUGGAUAUUCCAUUGUUCUUGUAUACUUUUGUGCUUGCACAAAAUGAACUGUGAAUAUAAUAAACAUUUAAUUAAAAGUAACAAGAAAUAGAUAUUCAUUUAGAAUUCAUAGUAUAAACAUCUGUUACACAAUAUUUACAUGUA